GAAAACAAGUUUUUAUUUUUUUUUAUUUUAUCAAUCAAACGGCUGUGAACAUUGCUGGCUAUGGAUUAAUAUACCAAAACAGUUUCAAGAUGGAAGACAUUAAGGUUUCUUCUCAGGUUAUUCAAUGUGUUAAGGUUGGAUUUUGAUGCAAUGGCUAAUGUAAAUGACAUGACAUAAAUAUUUUCUCUAUAAUAACAUAUAAUAUUUCUCACUCUCUCCCACUCUUUCUCUCUUUUCCCUUCUCUCUCAUGUUUUUGUCUUAAGCAAGAAUUUUUUUUCUUCAUGACAAACUGCAGUAAAAAGCCUUUUACAUAGUUCAAAUAUCUCUCAAAUGUGUUUGAACUGGUCUUAAGUUUGUUUACUCUUAAUCACUGCUUCAAGUAUCUACUCAUGGGUGUAUAUAUAUAUGUGUGUGUGUAUAUUGUGUUAGAGGCACACUAAGCAGUGUACAGUCAUAUUUAACAGGUUCUUGUACAUUUUGACAUAGAAAGACAAUACACUGUAAAUUGUCUCCUUGGAGAAUUUCUUCUCUCAAGACAACUUGAAGCAUAUUGUCUUCUCAUGUCCGAAUGUGCACAAACAUAUUAGAUAUGACUGUACGUCACUAAUAUACGUAUGAUAUAUUCUCUCCCCCCUAUCUAUCUUCCUAUCUCCUUGUCUUACUAUCUUUAGUGGUGUCACCUGAAAUCGUCAAUUGUCUGUAUCAGAACCUUCCCCCAACCCCAUCCAUAGAAAAAUUAAUAUUAAUACAAUACUUCCUUAUUUUAUGCCUCUCCUGUUUUGUUACCACCAAAGCCUGAAGUUUUUUUUCUUUCUUUUCCACAUAAGAGAUCAUCUAAUUUCACCUAUUACUGACAAUAUUUAUUCACUAAUAUUAUUGAGCUGUAAACAAUGAAAAUUAUCUUUAAAAUACAUGGGUUAAAAUAGGUUUUGUUUUCUUUGUUCUUUCCAGUUACAUCUAAAGUUAUUUGAUUUAUAUUCAGGAGUAAUCUCACUUGUUUGGAAUCUCAUUGUUUGGUUUAUCAUUCUGAGAAGUUGUGGGAUUCUAUUAUUCUGUUUAAAGUAUUUCAGAUUUGAAAACAAUAUUUCUUCCAUUUUAAUUUAUCAAUUUAGUUACUUUUAUGAGUUCAUGUGGCAGUUUAAGUAAACAGCAUAUGUAUCAUUAUCAUGUAUAUAUAAAACAAGUAUCAAAUUCACAGAGCAAAAGGACAUGUACAAACAUGAACAUCAUCAUCAUCAUCAUCAUCAUCAUCUUCAAAAUGAACAGAAUAUGAUAAAAUCUCAUUGUCUGUUCUCCUUAUUUCCUACAUUUCCUACAGAUACUAAACUAUGGAAUGAGAUAGUUAGGUGCAGCUGUUUGAAUGCUGAGGAUUUAGCAUGGCUGACUGGAAAUUCAGUCUGUUUUGGUGACUGUACUUUUUGGCACUGGAGGCAAGCACACACACACACACACACACACACACACACACACACACACACACACACACACACACACACACACAUAUGUACACACAGAAAUAUACACAUAAAAAGAAAAAAGAGCAAGGGAAGGGAGAAUUACAAUUUAUUAAUUGAACACCAUUGACAUAAGCUCAUUCCUUCUCCUCAUACACAUAAAAAAGAAAUAUACUUGCACAUAUAAACAGAGAGAGAGAGAGAGGGGUGGUGAAUAAGAGAAACAUUAAAAUAUCUGGCAUCAAAUCAGCAAUGCCAAAUGAACAGUGCCAAAACAGCUGUGCCAAAAUAUUUCAUACCUACUCAACUACACCCUAUUUCUCACUCCAUCAUUAUCAAUGAUUGUAGAGUUUUUGAACAAACAAGAAAUACAAUGAUGUGGUUGCUAAAGAUUGUAUCUAAAGAUGUAAAAUUCAUUUAAAUAAGGGAGAAUAAUUUUUUCUUUUUUUUUUUUGCAUCUUUUUAAUUAACCAAUUCAAUGCUUUGCUCAUUUUCUGCUUUUUGUAGCAUAUAACUUUACAAUAAUAAUAACUACUAUUAGCACUGAUUUGUUGCUAUAAAAUUAUAAAGCAAGGAUUUGAAAGCAUGAUUUGAAACUGGCAUGUCAAUAUUCCAGAUGCAGAACUGAGUUGCCGUCCUUACUAAGCACAAAUGAUAUUGUUUCAUACACAAGCGUAAAGCUAGAUUUUUGUUGGUUUGGAAGCUUUUCCCAAGAGCAUUAGUGACAUAACAAAAGAGACAUAGUUUUAAAUAAAAGCCAAAACCAAGUUUUAGACUUGUUUCAUUCACCAAGGGCUUCACAUCUCAUUUCCAAUUCCAACAAUUAAAAGAAAUAUUGCUUAUUUGACUCAUAUCACUUAUUUCCUCUUUAUUUCUUCAGUCUUAUUAAAUCCGCAUGUGAUCAUCAGGUUCUAUCUCAUUACAGCAGAGUAUAAAAAGGUUUGAAUUUAAAACAUCUGAUACACACUAUUCACUUCAUUUGAGUAUCUAUACGUUGCUCUCUUCCACUCUCACUGCAUUUUUUUACAACAUUUUUAUAAAUGAUAUUCAUGCCACUGAUAAAAAUUUACAAUCUUUCUUUUUAUCGUUUCUUUUAUUGUUUUUAUUAAAAUUUCUGGAAACAAGAUUAAGCAUCCUUUCUUCAUAAAAACAUUAGCCAUAAGCUCUUUCUUUCCCCCUUUAGUUGUUGUUGUUGUUGUUGUUGUUGUUGUUUCUACUGCUUUAUGCAGUUGAAUGAUGUAUUGUGAAGAAGUUGAACUUUUGUGUCUCCUGUUAAUUUCAGGAUCUCUUAAGGGGAAUAUACUAAUAUUGUUUCCUAUUGCCUGCUUCAGAUCAAAGAGAAGGCUUAAAUUCAGCAUGGCAAAUAAUUGAAAUAUUUGGUUUUUAUAUACAGUAAUCUCGCUAUUCAUUGCAAUGAGUUGCACUUACCUAUGGUAUCUAUUUAUGGCUAGGUGUAUGGAGCUAGCAGUAGCUAGUGUCUUGACCUGUAACAAGAUAAUCACUGUUUGUUCUUCAGCUGGUAGUCCUACGUGCUCUCUAUUCAGCCAGCUGCAGUUCUCUCUUUAUAGUAUGUCUGAAAAAUAACUUAUUUUUAUACUUAACAAUAGCUUGGAUAUUUUAAAACUAGUACAUCAAAUACUUUUAAAAUAUCAGUCCUGGUUCUGUACAUCCACUAACUGCAGGUUAGAACCUGUGUUUAUGCAGUCUUCAUCUGUUGUUGCUGUUUAUUCUAACCAAUGAAUUCCUACUAUAUAACAGAAUUAAAUGUGUGUGUGUGUGUGUGUGUGCAUAUGUGUGCAUGUGCAUGCACUUGCCUCCAUUGAGAAGAUGAAUGUAACCUCUUAAAGGCCUCACAGUGUAUUUCACUCAGAACACAAUUCUGAAACAUUAACUACAGCCUCAUUUAUAUAUUUUUUACUAUAAUUCAGCUCUCUUUCAAUUAAUUAAUGAAGGCCAAAGCUAAAACUGUAACCACAAACUGAGACUGCAUCUGCCUUCUCUUGUUUAUAACAUGAUUAGUUUGCCAUCUAGACAUCUGCCUGCAUUACAAUAGCUUUGUCAGAAGAGAAACUUGGUUGCAAUUGACAAUUUUUUUCUGUCCUACUCCCUUAAAAAAUGAAAGAAAACAGCCACUAAAAGUAGAUUCAAGUUAGUUAAAGUUGUAUGCAUUUUGUUUAUCCCAAAUUGGUUUUAAUGAUGGAAAGUUUUUGCUUGAAGAUUAAUACAAGUGUAUAAAUGCUACUCAGAAAAAAUACAUAUUUCUUGUAAAUAUAACAAUUUACAAAAAUAAUUAACUGUAAGAGUUUUUUUCUUUCUUUUUUUUUUUCUUUUUAUUUUAAUCAAUCCAAAGUAGAAUACGAAGUGUAUACUAAGCACUUAAAAAUUUAUCAUACAUUCCCUUUUAAUGUUUCAAAAGUUAUUAAACACAUAGCUCUCAACUGCAUUUCUUUGUUUAAAUUUCAAUAUCUUGUAAGCAAUUAUUUUCUUCUUGAAAAUUAGAAAUUAAAAUUAAUGGAACACAAUUGGAAAUUCUCUCAUCAUUUGUAGCAUUAAUUUAGACCAACAAAGAAAUACAGUCUUCAUUACAACAUUUCUUCUUCAUUGAAGUAACAAUGAGUAAAUUUCGAAACCUUGCAAAGUAGUGCCAUUUCUUGUUUUGUCAUUAUCAUAACACAGACAUCAGUAUCCUAAAUCAGAAUAAAUCAAGAUGCAUAUAAAGAAAAACUGAUUGCAGAAAUUAUUGUAAAUAGCAAAAGUCAAUAUGAAUACUAUUUUAUUGUUCUUAUAUGUUUUUUUAGUUUUUAUAUAUACAUAUGUAACUUGUUUCUUACAGCCUGGUCAUAGUACUGUUAACAACCAAAUAAGUAUAAAAUAACAAAGAGAAAAAUUAUAUAUUUCCUUUUCCUCUUGUGUGUGCGUGUGUAAGGGUGAACAUAUCCAAUGUUAAGUAAAUUUAUCAUUCAGAAACCUUUAUUUCUACUGCUUUUGUGUGAAUUUUUCAUUCCAUUUUCUUAUUAAUAGCUUUUUUGGAUUUUUUUCUAUUAUAUUAAAGAACAUUUAAAUAAACAAUUCCAUUGUUUUUAAUAUUUUGAUGUAAAAAAAAAACUGUAGUUACACUUUUUUAAUAACUGGUGUAACUAGAUCAACAUACAUGUACAAUACACAAACACACAAUUUUAUUAUAUUUUUUUCUUUCUUUUUUAAGUAUGCUAUAUCAGUAGUUAUUGUGUAUAUAUAUCAUGAGAUUUUUUUUUUGUGUUAUUUUUUUCUUAAUAUUUUUCUCUUUUUCAGUAAUAAAAAUCCUUCCUUUUAAACUGCCAAAUAAACACCAAGUUCUUACAAGGAUCCCAUUAAAAAUGUAACAUCUCCCUCCAAUUUCACUGGUUCCCAUCUGUAUCCACUGUUGCAAAUUCUUCAGCAAGGACCAGUAGAUUACAGAUACACUUGCACUAAUCUUUCUCUGAUCUUUAAUACAAAAAGAAUAUCGCAUAGUAACUGAUAUGCCAUGAAAACUAGGCAGAAACACACGUUAGAACGGCGUCACAGAUUAUCAUUUAAAUUUGGGUUGUGUGUGUGUAUAUAUAUAUAUAUAUAUAUAUAUAUAUAUAUAAAAUAUAUACGUACACACAUAUAUAUAUAUAUAUAUAUACAUAUAGCUUUGCAUAUAUAUAUUUAAGUUAAAAUUACAAUGUUUAUAUAUAUUUAUGUAUGUAUGUAUGUAUAUAUACAGAGUGCAGUGAAUAAAUUGUCAUCUAAAUUACACAAAAGUGAAAAUAACACCGACAUUGCAUUUUAACAGAUAUAUUUACCAAAAUUACAUAAAAAUAUCCUGAAAUACUAAAGAGUAAAUUUAUUCAAUAGAAUCGCCAUUGGCUUCAACCAAAGCCUCCAGACGACUUCGGAAUCUCCCGCAACUCUUCUGGAGUUGGUGAAUGCUGUCAUAUUCCUUGCCUUCAGUUCAUCUUUGCUGUUACAAGGAGUUUUGUUUGUCUCUCGCUCAACUGCACCCCACACAUAAUAAUCAAGGGGGUUGCAGUCUGGGGAGUUAGGUGGCCAGAUGUUAGGGAUGAUGUGGUCACAGAAAUUAUCUGACAGCCAUGAGUGGGUUCUCCUGCUUGUGUGGCAUGGUGCAGAGUCUCGUUGCCAGACACAGGGUCCUCCAGCAGCUAGCCUCUUGACCCAGGGCAGCACUACCUCCUCCAAGCAUUUGAUGUAGGCCUCCAUGUUAAGUCUGAGGCUGUGUGGGAAGAUGAAUGGAGGCAUAACAGCACCAUCACUAGUGAUCACUCCAAACACCAUGAUGUUGACUGGAUGUUUGAUUUUUAUCACUCUCAGUACAUGUUUUGGGGACACAACAAGUUAACGGUUGUUUUGUGUGUUCACUAUCUGAUCCAGGCAGAAAUUUUUCUUCUCUGAGAAAAACUUAAGCAUGUUCGGUUGGAGGGGAUGCUUGAGUUUGUUCAAAAGCUUCGUAACGCGGUCUUUCCUCUUGACCUUGAUGGCUUGGGAUAAAAAUUUGGCCUUUUCUCAUCUUGUAUGAGGAAUAUUGAAUGUCUUCAUGCACUACCUGCCUGAUAAGAAAAUCAGACACUCUCAUGUCCCUGGCAAUAGACCUGGUUGACUUGGAGGGAUCAUUGUCAAUCAUGGCCUGAAUCUCACCAACAAAUUCAGGAGUUCUUUUCUUAUCGGAGUGAGUUUUCCGAGCUGCCAUACCUUUGUAAUCACUGUUAGACUUAUCCAACUCUUUCUGAAUCCUCUGCACUCUUCUCAGACUGAUGCCCAAACACUCUGAAAUGUUUGUAUUGGAGCUUCUGGCACAAAUGCUAAGCUGUACAGCAUAUCAUUUGCAAAUUUCUAGCAGAGUGAAUUGCCUCAUGAUGCGGUUUGUCUCGGACGAUGCCCAACUGACCCUACUAUAUUGGGUAGUCAACAAAAUCAAAAACAAACUGUAUGAAAUUAAAAUAUAAAAUGGCAACAAUUUACCCAUUGCACCCUGUAUAUAUAAUUAUCUACAUGUGUGUGUGUGUGUGUGUGUAUUUAUAUAUAUAUAUAUAUAUUGUGUAAUUUUAACUUUGUAUUUAAAUCUUCAGACUCUUAUAACCAAAGGUCAUUUUUUUUCAGAUAACAGUAUACUAUGAAGGUGAAAUUUAAUUAUAUAAAAAUUUAGACAUAUUGGAUUGUGGGAGUUAAAAAUAUAGCACUAACCAACUAGUUUCUGUUACUGACUGUUUUUGAGUCGUUUCUAACCAUUAAUUAAUAAACCGAAUUAAAGUUAGAUUAGUGUCUACAAAUUUUCACUCAUGUACCAUGUGGCUUAUUGUACAGCCACCAUAUAGCAUCUACCUCAGUUUUAAGUGUAUAUGUUCAAGAAAUAUACUCUCUUCAGACAAUCGCACCCCUGUAGUGGUGGACUUCCCAAACAUAUAUAUAUAUAAUCUUUCUUAUUUGCUUUCCAAAUUCUUAUUGUUUAGUCCACUACUCAAGUAUUUCUGAUUAUUGAUUGUAGAGUAGCAGCAAUAGUACAGUUAGUAGAGAGCUAUGUUGGAUGCUUCACAAUACCUUUAGUUCGGUACCUCAGGGUUCUGAGUUCAUAUCUCGCCAAGGUCAAAUUUGCCAUUCAUUCUUCUGGUAUCUGUAAAAUACGUGUCAGAAAGAAAGACAUUCGAUUCAAUCCACUACAAACCACUCCAAUUUCCUCAACAUAUUUGGCUUUCGGCCUAGUCGAAAUCAUUGAUCACAAGUUGCCUCCCAUGAGUUGUUAAACCUAUUUCAAUACGUCAGCUUUUUGUAAUAAAGUUAUGUGAAAAGCGAAGUGCAAA